AUGAAGAUUCUUGUAAUACUUUGUGUAAUCUACGCUUCAGGACUCUGUAGCUGUGGGAGGUUUGACGAGAUUAUCGCCAGGUUUAACGAUGAAGUGACCAAGACCAAAAAGUUCCUGGAAGACGCCGAGUCGACCCUAAAAUGUGCCAAAAACGCACUUGAAGAAUACGCAGAAGCCUCGGCAGAACUCCAAAGCUCCAAGAGAGUGGAGGCGGAGAACGCCAGGAAGGCUUUUGAAAAUGCGAAAAAGGCUCUGGAAGCAGCUUCCGGAACCGAUGAAGGUAUAAGGGCUCUUCAACUGAUAAUGGACUCCUUCCACCAGUGUGGAGGAUAUGAGCUACCGUCCGUGGAGGAUCAGAAUAAUGUCAUCAGGGAGGCCCUGGAGAAGGUGACAGAAGUCCAAGUCUCGCUGCAGAACAUGAAACCCAUCGGGGAACUUUAUGAGUGUUGUUGCAAACAUAGGCUGCUUGGGAUUACUCCAGUAGAUGCUAAGCCAAAAGUAGUCGAGCAGACCACAGUUUCUACAAGUGGGUGUUUUGGCAGCUCCGCUCUGUUCUCGCACAAAUAUGAAAGUUCCACAAAUGACUCUUCAUGUCAACCACAAACUGAAGAGUCUGUUUUGGUUGGAUCUGAUAAGAAUGAGGAAACUGCCACAGAACAUGAAGAUAUUCCACAUCAAAGUUUUUCAAGUCACUCUGAAGAGCAAUUACAGACCGGAGAAGAAACUACUCAAAGCGAAGAACUGCCAGAGUCAGCUGAGAGUCCUACUGAAGUUGCCAGUGUAGAGCAGGAGGAACAGGAUACUGCUCCAGCGGAUUCUCAACCAGAUGCAAAUACAGAGACCAAUGAAGUUGAACCGCUGAAUGAGACAGAGUCUUCUCAGGAGGUAGCAUCUCCAUCUCAAGACAAUGAGGAAGAACCUGAGACUCCAGAAUCUGUAGAGGUAGGAGAUGCUCCUGUAGAUGUUCAACCUGAGGAAGAGGCUAAGCCAGUUGAUGUAGACUCUGAAUCCAGUGAGGCAAAUAAUGAACCAGAAGAACCUAAAGAGGAUCUUGGAGAUGGUACAGAUCUCUCUCCAUUACCAUUACAACAGCUCACUCUCGUAUCUGAUUACAAGUUGAUGGUGGAUUCGUUCUUCUUCAAUGUGGAGGAAGGAGAAGAGAAUGGUAUCAAGAUUCUCAGGUUGACUGUAAAGAGUGGCACCUCUACCAACAAGCUUUUCUUUGAUGGGAAACUGGUAUGGCAAGGUAGGGAUCCAAGAGACGCCUGUUCUUCUGCUACCUUCUACUUUGGAGAAAGCGGACCCAUAGCUGCCUUGUAUAGAUUCAAGAAAGGAGGUGACGGUAAAGCAGUCAAGGGCUAUCGUAAAUUUUCAGGUGGACAAUGGACUUCAGUCAAUAAAGAGGGUCUUGAGAAGCUACUCGAAGAACUCAAGCAAACAUCAGGGAUGAAUGACGAGGACACAAAACAUGUAGAAUCUCCCGAAACUCCCAAGGAGGAAAUUCCUCUGCCAGAUGGACAAAUGGGAGAGGUUAUGGACCUAGCCAGUAUUUAUCAGGACAAGUGUAACUCAUUCGAUUACAACUUUGCCGGUAACGCAGUAAGACUAGUGGUCCCAAAGAAGGAUGUUACCUUUACGAGGCUAGUAGAUGCCGAGGAGGAAGUCUGGACUCCAGGAAAAGAUGAAGAAUUUGGAUACAUCAGGGAAUAUCUUAAUAAGGAUGGUAAGCCAGAGUUUGUUGUUUUAAUCUUCAAAACCUUAUAUGGCGCGGUACGAAGAGACUAUGUGAAGGAUGAGGGUAGAUGGACAUCUUGCACUAAUCAUGAAGAAAAGAUGAGGAGCUUGAGGAUCCCUGCAACUUUCAGAUCCGCGUUCGAGCUUGACCUUUCAUUAGCCAAUAGUACUAAUGAAUGCAGCAUCUUUGAAGCUGAAUUAGUAGGAGUGACCACAAAGCACUUCUUCCCAAAGGCUGGCUUUCAUGCCAAGAAGGUAAAUGAGGGUACUAGAGAGUUAUGGACCGGUGGAGUUAAUGAUUAUUGUCGUUAUUGUCUUAUUUACAGGAAAGGUGAUAAGGAACUACUGGAGAUUGUCGUGGUAGAGAAUGAGUUGAUAGGAAAGAAGUACUUUGAGAGGGUAUAUGGUGAAUGGAAGAGUCUCACACGGGAUGAGUUUGACAGGAAGAUAGAGGAGAUGAAAAGGAUGGAGACUAAACAGCCUUCCGUAGACGCUUCAGAUUCUACUAUGGUAUCUCAUAGCAAACCUCUUACUGAUGAUAAAGUUCCUCUGGAAUCCACUAGUGAUAAAUAUGAAAGUUUUGCAGCACACCAUUUGGAGCACUCACCAACUGAAGAUACUGAACAGACUACCGUUUCUUCAAGUGACCCCGUAGAUCAGCAAACUACAGAGGUGAGUGAGCUUCAGGAGCCUGAGCCUUUACAGUCUACUGGAUCCCAUUUACAUCCUGAUGAGGAACCUGAGGUGACACCAUCUGAAACUUCUGCUACUGAGACACUGGACCUUUCACAUCAUGAUGACUCCCAGAUAGACUUGAAAAAAGGCAACGUGUCUGGGUUAGACUACAACAUAUACUCCCCAAAGAAGGAUGUUAAGAUUACUUCUGUUGUUGACUCUGGAGAUAAUGCUAUAUGGACCGCUUCUGGAGAUGAAAAGUGCGUAUUUGUAGAAUCUUAUGCUAAUGAAGACGUAACAAUUCUUUGCCUGCAAGCCUCCGAGAAUGGUGGCACUACGUUCAAGUACUUUGAAAAGACUGGUAGUGAAUCGUGGAAUAAUAUUACAGAGGGAGACUUUGAUAGGAAGAUGGAGGAAAUGGGAGAAGCUGUAAAAUCUAAUAGCAACACUCCUCAGGAAGCUUCCUCCUCAUCUGUUAAGUUCUCUAGAGAGAAUCUAAGAGGAUCUCAGGAAGAUGUCACAGGAUCAUCUAAAGUCAUAAAGACUACAUCCUAUGCUACUUUCCAGGAAGAGAUGCAUGUAGGCAAACUUGUAGAGUCUCCAAAAGCUACCCAGGAAUCUCAGCAACUAGUGGUCACCACAGAUCCAAAUACUUUGGACAUUUCAAAGCCUGAUAAAGACAGGUGUAACUCCUUUGACUACUCCCUUCUAGGGAAUGCGAUGAAGUUGGUGGUUCCUAAUAAAGACGUUUCUAUAUCCAAACUCAUGAAUGGUAGUGAAGAAGUGUGGACCGCUGAGGAGGAAGAAGCGUUUGACCAUGCGGAGAUAUACCUUAAUAGGGAUGGAAGAGCAGAACUUGCAGUUUUAAUAUUAAGAACAUCUUCUGGCCUAUUACGAAGAGAUUACGCAAGGGAUGAAAAUGGAUGGGCGGUCUGUGAUAAUAGUGAAGAAAAGAUGAAGAAUUUAAAGGAUAUUACAGAAUGGAUAUCCGACUUCAACAUUGAUCUUUCUGCUUCUAAGGACACUGACAAAUGCAGUAUCUUUGAGGUAGAUCUUUUGGGAGUUACCACUAGACACUUUUAUCCCAAACCUGGCCAUAAUAUAAUUGAAGUAAAGGAUGGUAAUAAUAACCUGUGGACUCCUGUAAAUACUUCGGAUGUUUGUCUCUUUUGUCUUGUUUAUAAGAAAGGCGACAAGGAACUACUUGAAGUAGCGGUUACAGAGGAUUCUUCAAGGAGAUGGAAAUUCUUUGAAAGAGUAGAUGGAGGAUGGAGGAGCAUUACAGAAGAUGAUUACGAUCAGAAUAUUAAGGAUAUGAUUGGGGGAUUUUUAGGAUCUACUGAAGAUGGUCCUCAAGAUGUUCAGUUGCAUCUUACUGAGGAUACACAUAUAGAGAAUCUUGGAGGAUCUCAAGAUAAGGAAGGACCCCCCGUAGAGGUUGCAUCCGAUACUGCUUUACAGGAGGGGGAGAAUGUGGACAAACCAGAGAUUCCAUCGGAUAAUACACUUCUUCAGUCAUCUGUACAGGUUGACAGUACUCCUAUAGCCUUAGACCUUACCAAACCAGAUGAGUCCAAGGUAGAUAUUCUCAAGGUUAGCAGGAAUGAAGUAGAGAAGAAGGAGUAUUAUCCAAAGGAUACUUCCAAGAUUACUACUGUUGUGGAUGGAGAGGCUCAACUUUGGACUGGUGUUGGAGAUGACAAGUGUUGCUUAGCUAGGUCUUAUUCAAAGGGAGAUUCUUCAUUCCUUGUUAUAACUAUAAAGGGUGGUAAUGACUUAGCAGCUAAAUUCUUUGAGAAAGUUGGUGGAGCAUGGAAUGAAGUAGAUGAAGAACCGUUUACUGACAGGGUAACGACAAUGAUGGGAGAAUUGGCUAAACCUGUAAGUUCUUUCCUGGAUAAGGUAGACUCUACUCUCUUUAAUCUAGAGGAUGGAGAAGAGAAUGGCAUUAAGGUUCUUAAGUUAAAGGCUAAGGAAGGUACUUCUACUAACAAGCUCACAUUCGACAAUUUGACAGUUUGGGAAGAUUCUCAAACUCCUUGCUCUUCCGCUGUCAUAUAUAUGAAUGGAAGCGCGCCUGAUCUUGCCGUUAUAAAGACUAAAGACGGUAGUGAUACUGAAUCCACAGUAUACAGAUACUAUGAUGGUAGUAAAUGGCAAGAUGGUAAUAUGGAUGAGCAUAACAGUAAGCUAGAAGCUUUAAAGAAUAAACUCAAGGAACUUCAAGAUGCCGCUAGACCAAAAGAAUCUACAGAAACAGUCGGAGAUAAUGUAGAAGAAAAGGCUAAACCUGCUGAUAAGCCUGUAGAAUCUUCUACUUCUAAGCCAUCUGAACCUAAGGGAGCGUCUACAGAAGCUCCUCAGGAUUCUUCUACAGAGGAUAUUGUGACUAAUCUAGACCAGUCGGAUUCUAAACCUGCAAACUCUUCCCUUUCCAAAGUGAAUACCUCCCUAUUUAAUGUGGAAGAGGGACAAGAGAAUGGGUUUAAGGUUCUAAAGCUUACACCAAAGGAAGGAGUUACUUCUAACAAGCUUACCUAUGGAUCUGAAGUAGUUUGGCAGGCUCAGAAUGCUGGUGAUGCCUGUUCUAUGGCAAUCUUCUAUCUUGGAAAGGAGGGGCUUGUAGGUGCUUUAUACAGAUUCAAGAGAGAAAAUGAUGGCAAGACAGUAGAAGGUUACCGCCAAUUCUCAGAUGGCAACUGGUCCCAAGUCAGUGGAGCUGUCUUCAGGAAAUUGAUAGGAAAGGAUGAACCCGUUACAACAUCUAAAGAACCAUCUACUAAUGAGGGAGCUAAAGAUAAACCUAAACCUACUUCCACUGUAGCUCCUCCUAGCGAAGAGUCUAAGCCUAAGGAAGAACCCAAGGCUACCGAACCUCCUAAGGAAGUAGAUACUCAAUCAGCUGAACAGGCUAAAGAUCCCAGUGUUGACAGAAAGCCAGAUCCAAAACUAACAAAUAAAGAGGCAGCUACUGCACUUUCAAGCUCCGAACCAGAAGAUGGUUCUUUGGAUACUGCAGAAUUGAAUGAUACAUCUCCACAGAGUACAACCCGUGACGAGCCGCAAACUGAUAUAGAUAAAAAAGAGGAGGAUGAACAGGAUGAAUACGAAAAUGAGGACCAAGAGGAAGAUGAUGGAGAGCAAGAUGAACAACCACAGGUGGAAUCAUCUUCACCGGAUACCAUCUCUAGUUCGUCUCCAGAUGCUAUAGAUAUCAAGAAUGCAACAGAUCCCAGAUACAAAGUCCUAGAUGUGCAUAUUGAUGGAGUACCGUCCAGAAUAUUUAGUAUGGACUUUAGUGCAAACGUUACGAAUGUUUUGGAUAGAGAAUAUACAGUUUGGAAAGCUACCGAUCCAGGUGUAAAGUGCCUAUACUGCAUUGAAUAUCUCAAAGACGGUGAACCUAAAUUCGCGACUGUUGUCACAAAAAAAGGGGAUAAGUUAGAGCAGAAGAAUCGCAAAUAUAAGGAUCAAGAUAAGUGCUGCUCCUGCACUUUCUGGCGGAAUAAAAAAUGUUGGAAGGAUUGUAAUAGUGGCUUUGCAAAUAAAAUUAAUGCCCUGAAAACAUACACAGAUCCUCCAACAAAGUUCACUCUGGACAUUUCCUCUCCAAAAGAAGAUGAUGAUAAGUUUAAGCUUGUAGGGGAAGAGAAGAAUGGUGUCACUACCCACUUCUUUGCCGCUAGGAAAGGCUAUGGUAUCGGGACUAUUGCGGAUGAUGGCAAGAAUAUAUUGAGCCUUAAUGGUGAUUUGACAUUUUUCCUCUGCGAGGUUCAUUCUAAAGGUGACCAUGGACUCAUGAGACUAUAUUUUAGACAUAACGGUUCGAUAGACUACCCAACCCUAGAAAAGAAAGAUGGUAAAUGGACAGAGGUCCUAGCUCCAGACUACUUUAUGGCAUUAGAAAAGAUGUACAGCACAGACGUAGAGGAUUCCCAAAACACUGACAACAGAUGAUGAAUCUUGACAUUUCAAACCCUAAUGACUCCAAGACAAAUGUGCAUGCUUAUGAAGAAGUAAAGUUAGAGAAGAUCCCAAAAGGGCGGCUUCAGUAUACUCUUGGUCAUUGUAGAUGGAAAGGAAUUGUGGAAUGAAAGUAUCUACAUAAGAGUUUACCACUCAUCAACUCGCUGGACCCUAGUAAAAAGCUUUAAUUGUACACUAGAAUGACUAUUUAAAGAGCACUCAUUAUUCAUCCUAUGGAUGGAUAGAUUAAUCACUAAUGCAGUUUAUCUCCAACUCA